AAACGUAAUAGGCUAAUUUAUACGAUUGAAGAUAAUUUAGAGAGGAGAUAAGUUUUACCCACACAGAUGAAGAAGCCCGUUCAUGGGUCACAGAGAGAUAGAGACAGUAAGGGUCAUCUCUUGACUCCUAUGAACUCAGUUCACUUUUGUUAAGCUAUCACUGCACACCAUGAGGUUUACAGAUAUCAAUUACACGUUAAAAGUGCUAGUACAUAAAUUGGGGAUAGCUGCGUUUGUCCUUUUUGUAUUGUUUAAUAACAAUGUUGCAUACACCUUAUUUCAAUCAGGAAGAGAGUAUACGUAUUCUUACAAGGCUCUUUCGAGUUCCGGUGUUUUAUUACCAUCUCAUGCGUCAUCUUCUUGGGGAUUUCAUGGGAAACUUGUGAUUCAAGCAGAAAAAAAUGUAGCCACCAUGCAGUUGGAAUCAUUGAAAGUGUCUAUAUGGAAUGGUAACACGCAAAAAAAAGGAAACGAUCAAGAUAUUACUGACGACGUAGGUGAACUUUUGAAGCCGUUCCAGAUUACGUAUGGAAAUGGUUUGAUUGAAAAUUUUAGCACAGAAGCUGCUUCUCCUUGGUCCGUGAACAUAAAAAGGAGUAUAGCAGGAAUUUUUCAAUUGGACCUUUUUAAUUUAGAAAACGAAGUAGCUUUCCAUUCCAUCGAAAGAAACCAUUAUGGUCAAUGUAACAUUGAAUACGUUGCUAAUCCUCAAGAACAGAACGAAUGGUUGAUAAGAAAAUUUGUAGAUCCUCGAACGUGCAUUGGUCAUUCUCAUUACACGUGGUCCAAUGUCCCUAAAAUGAUGUGUCCAAACGGUGAUCAAAAUCCAAUAUUAAAAUCCAGCGAAAGGUUGUACAAAGUUAAAAUGAACGGAACCUUGAAUGAAGUUUUAUUCGUUAAUGCUUCCGGAGGCAUAUAUGUUCAACCAUUUCAAAGUUUUGGCGAAGCUCAGUUUCAUUUCACAAGACAAAUCUUCAAGUUAAUUUCAGUGAAGAAUAUUGCAAAUAAAAUACCCGUUCAAAAUUUACAUUCUAAAGCCUUACAACAUGAACUUCCAGAAUUUGAUCUCACUCAAGGCAGAGGUACUCCUGAUAAACUUUCUAUUUUCAAAUCGAUAGGAACUCUAUUAGACAAAUUGAGUCAAAAACUUGAAAACCCUGGUUUGGAUACAGAGACUGAUAAUUUACAUAACACUACAAUUUCUGUUUUACUUUAUUAUCUUGGGAUGUUGGAUGUCACUGAUCUACGUACAGCGUACGCCAAAAUCUCAGGAACAAGUUACAAAGAAGAAACAAUCCGAAACAUGUUCCUCGAAGCUCUUCCACAAGUUGGAACGAAAGAAGCUGCACUGUUCGUACUAGAAUUAAUCCAAGAUACAAAAGUAUCGGAGAUGUCUGCGAUUCAACUUCUCACUCAGUUACCAUUUCACAUACGAAAACCUGAUGUUCACUUACUAAUAAGUCUUCAAGUGUUUCUAAAUUUACCAGGAAAAAUUUCUACCGAGGUUCAAAAUACUGCAAUCCUCACGUAUGGGACACUGAUCUACAAAACAUGCUUAUUGUAUUGUCCGUAUGAAAUGUUGGAUGAUUAUGUGCGUCUAUAUCUGGAUAAGUUUACAGAGACAAAAGAAUAUAAGAGGAAAAUGAUUUGGUUAGAGGGGCUGGCUAACAUACAAUUGGGGAGAGUAGUUGAAUUCUUAGAGCCUAUUGCGAGUGGUAAUAAUGCAGAGUCACGUCACUUUCGAGUUCUUGCUGCCUGGGCAUCCCUUCCAACUGCACCGCUUAGACCUGAUGUUAUUUAUCCAGUCUAUUGGCCAAUUUUAAUAAAUAAAACUGAACAUUUAGAAAUGAGAAUUGCUGCGUUAACAUUACUGAUUGUCUCUAGUCCUACACCAAGCAGAUUGAUAUCAUUAUAUUGGUAUAUGCAAAGCGAACGCAAUCCACAUCUGUACAAUUAUUUUUAUACUACCCUAAAGUCUAUGGAGCGAACAACGUAUCCUUGUUACAUUCACAUAGGCAUUAUAGCUGCACAAUUUACAAGAGUCCUUAAUCGAUCACCGAAAGAUCAAUAUUUAAUUACUGGUAACUAUUUAUUUGACUACCAAGAUACAUACAGAAAAUUUGGAGCAAUGAUAGAUGGUAUUGUUAUUGCUAACCCUGCGACAAACAUACCUGAAGUGUUGUAUGUGACUUUUAAUACCUAUGGAAGUGGAAUUAACAUAAACCAUUUGUCUUUGUAUAUAAAAGGUGAAGGUCUUUUGCAUUCCUUGUCAACGUAUCUUGAUGGUCCGUCACAAGUGAAGGAUAUAUUGAAGCAAUUUAAAAUAGAUCAGAAAGAAAGUGGUCCUGUUCAUUUAGAAGUAAUUGCUCGUAUUCAAGAGAAAACCGUUCUGUGCCUUCAUUUAAAUGAAACUAACAUCGUAUCAGGAUUUAAAUAUCUCUCAUCGUUGCCUAAUAAACUGUACCACAUAUACCAAAACGUAGAAUUUCAUGUUAAUCAGCAACGUAUUAACGUACCUGUGACAUUAGAAUCAGUGCAGGUCACAGAUUUAGGAGCAAACGCUAGACUCGCAGUGACCACUACAUCAUUGUUCUCAAUGAGAGGAAACUUUACACAUGUUGCAACUGGCCGUAACAAUCAUGUUAUACUACGUACAUCCAUUCAUAGAACAGAAAUGAUUGAAAACUAUAAUCCUUUAAUUGAUAUAUGGCAUAGCGCAGAAAGGGCACAUUCUAUUCAUGUGUACGUUCCAGUCAACAUUACGCUUGGCAUUGAGGAUCGUCCUUUUAUUUCAUAUAAUACUCCGGAAGAGCAUCUUAAAAUGGGCCUUACGGUUCAUGUCAGAACGACUACUAACCUAAGAGGUGCAAAUGUUAAAUCAAAAUUAUUGAAAGUCUGUCCUGAUUGCGCUCAAUUAUAUACAGUGAAAAAAUCACCCACCUAUAAACCAAAAGAUGUAGCUUUGUAUGAAAUUCAAUUAGAAGAAUUGGGAGGUCUGGUGUGUGUAAAACUCUUUGACUGCGAAACCACAAUAUCACGAGAGAAAUUAAUUCAUGAUGUGUUCUCUUCUCAUCAAGCUAAUUAUCCUAUUUGGCCAUUUCUGCAGUUUGCUUUCACAGCACUUAAUUUCCUAGAUUACUACACAUACAUACCACCCAAAGGUAGUUUUGGUUUAGCCGUUUAUAUUAGCACAAUUGAUACGAAGCAAACUCAAGUAAGAUUUGAAUAUAUCAAAGGUCCGAACCAUCAUAUAUUAUCCUUAACACGUCGUAGUGCUGAAUCGUCACAAAUUCUUCAACAAUGGAACUUAGCUGCUCUUUACGAGAUCACAAGUUGGGUCUCCGAUAUGAUAAAACUGAAAGCAACCAAAAUUGUACCGGGCCAACAAGUUUUCAAGUUUUGCUUAGAAGCAGAGAAAGAAAUACCUUGGGAAUGGAACUUUGUUAGUACUAAACCAAGUGAACCUGCUAAAAUAGUACUAAAUGCUGUUUGGGGACUUGCCGAUACAGCGAAAGGUAAAUGUUUUGGGUCCUCUGUAACGUUGAAUUUGCUUGGCGAAGUCAGUAAUGAUCAGCUGCAAGAAGCGAACGAAGACAAAUGGCCAUAUAGAGAAUGUCGUGAAGAAUCGAAGGGAAAACAAUUCACACCGUUCUCUGACGCAUGUUAUGAAGUGUCAAAAGAGUUAUCAACUUUGAGGAAAUAUCAAAUCAUAGCAAAACACGAGAAUGUACCGAAAAAUCUAAUGAAACUGGCCUGGAAGUUUCGAGCGUUUUAUGAUUUGAUUGGUGGAAACAGUAGCUCAGAUUCCAUGUCCAAGGAAUUUAUUGUCACCGCAAAGUUCCCCAAGGAGUCAGAUUUUGGUGAAUUAUCUCUGAACAACGAUAAAGUGGUCAUCGAAUACAAUUACAAUUUCAUCGACACCUUCUUAACAAGAACUAGAAUUCACAAAUACAUGGACUGGUCGUUCGUGAAAGCAUUUUUUGGCACAUGUAUUGUAACAUCAGAGACUGUAAAGUCAAUUUAUAACGUGAGCUAUUCGUUCCGGAACAAGCGUGAAGUUCUGUUACUUAGUCAAUGUUAUAAUGAGAAUCCAAAGUACGCAAUAACAGCACGGAAUGAUUUAUACGGUGUCAAUAUCAAUGUCUACGAUGAAAUAGACACUGUACGAAUAAUACCUAACGAAGUUGGAGGAACUUUGUACAAUAACACAAACUACAUUCCGUUGCAACAAAGCUACAUGUUUCACACGUUGGGUUCCAAGAAAGUAAGAUUGGAUAAUAGUACUAUUGACAUAAUAGUUCCUAAUCUAUAUUUAUACAUGCAUUGGACUCAAGAACAGGUUCUCUUAUUCUUCCCAACGUAUUUAUUAGAAUUUAGCUGUGGCAUAUGCACAUUACAGGUUACUGACAAUAAUAAUUCAUACGACAAAUUAUAGAAUCUUUUAUUAACAUGUUUCAUUGAAUGGACGAAAAUUUAAUUUUAACAGACUCUUAUUAACGUGGACAUUUCAUAAAAUUCUGUAUCUAAAAAGCAAUAUUUGUUUAUAAUAAAUAUGAAAUUGUAAUUUAAACAGAAACUGUAAAUAUCAGAAAGUGAAGUGUGUAUUAUUCGCAGAAUAAUGAAACGAAGUCACAUUAAUUACCCAAUUACUCUUCAAAUGAAAUAUAUUUAUUUAAAAAAUAAAUGAUACAAAAUGGCAAUAUGUAAUCACAAACUACGAAUAUCAGUUCAAUGUUUAACCCUUUGAGUGCUGAAUACUCCCAGUCAAAACAUUCCGUGUGAAUGGAAUAUUUUUUUACUCACCUUAAGGUUAAUAAACUAUGUUAAUUUAUACAAUUAAGUUGCAACUAAAUUGUAAUUGUAAUUCAGUUUCACCAAAUUGAAUAUUGCUAAGAAACACGUAUAUUAAUCACAUACACUUGUAACUGUCACUACACACGUGUGAAUUUGGAGAUCAAACAAUACAUAUGUACGCUCACAGCACUCAAAGGAUUAAAUAAAAUACUCUCCUAUGUAAUAUUAAAUAGUUAUAAAUUAGCAUAACUUAUUAAACGAGGCACAUAACAAUAAUACUACUGCAAUCACGUUUUAAGGCAUGUAUCCAAGUGUUGAUUCAUCAAGGAUUCCGAUAUCAAUUCCAUACAAACAGGACAAGGAUAUUUAUCACUCUCAUCAAAUGAUGUUUCUGAAAUUGUUUCUGACAUUUUGUCAUUAUCACAAACUGUUAAAUCUAUUGAGUCGUCAUUAAAUAAGCUUCCAAUGCAAUCCUCCAGAUGAUCGUUUAAACAUGUCCCAGGAGGAAUGAACACAUUACACACCAGACACUUAAAGGAACCUGUUUCUACUAUUUUAUUUGUUUGAGAUUUUGAAACAGGAUCGGUGACUUUCGACUCCUCAAUUGAGGAUGAUAGAUCAUCGCUUGAUUCGCUACUUACAGAAAUUAUGCUAUCAUUUUUAGUCUUAUCUUUCACAGUACUUUCUGAAAGACAUUCAUCCAGAUGUUCAUUUAUGUCGUCAAGGCUGAAACUUUUAUUGCACACAGGACAAUUUGCUAUUUUUGAAUUAUCUAACUUAGGUUGCUUAUUCGAAGACAUGUCCGUGUCAAUUUUUCUUUUCUGCGAAGAUGAUAAAUUCUGUUCUUUCACUGGUAUUUUAGUAAAAUUAGCUUCAUCGAUUGACUGUUUAUCUGUCGUCAUUAAACAUGAAUUUACAUGCUUAUUUAUUUCACUAUUUGAUAUAAAAUUACUACACACUGGACACUCUAUAAGUUUUAUUUUCUCAGACGAGUCGUUACCAGUUGACGUUUCUAUCUUGUUAUUAACAGGCUUGUUUACUGAUUUUCUCGGUACCUUAGCAGUCAUAUUUGAGUUACACUGUUUGUUACCGUUACCAAACUUAUCCAGCAAGUUACUUUUUCCUGUAUUAGAACCACCGAGAGAGCCAGAACAGAACAAUUUAGGCAUAGUAGAAACUGAGGUUGUCUUCAGUGAAUUAUUUGAACUGCUUGAACCAUUUGGACCACUCGUACCCCAGCCAUAAACAUUGUUUGUAUUAUUUCCAAGUUUCUUUAAUCCAUUUGAUGGACUUUGAAUAUUCGAAUGCGGUUUAAUUGUUUUUGGAAUAUAUGGUGAUUUUGACGACUGAACAGGCUUUGGUAAAUUAUUUGAACUACUUGGACCUCUUACACCCCAUCCAUGAACGUUAUUUGUACCAUUUCCAAGUUUCUUUAAUCCGUUCAAUGGACUCUGAAUAUUUGAAGGUGGUUUUGUUUUUGGAAUAUAUGGUGAUUUCGACGACUGAACAGGCUUUGGUAAAUUAUUUGAACUACUUGGACUUCCUACACCCCAUCCAUGA